AUGAGUGCCUCACUCGACUUCGUGGGUCACACGUUCGUGGUUAUGGACACGCACGAGGACAAGAUCCUGUUCGUCCGCGACCGCAUUCGCGAACGCUUCCACAGUUAUGUCAUCUUUUGUAACACCGCUGAUUCUGUGGCGCUCGUCUCCAGCGCCCUCCUCUCUCCAGCGAAUGACAUGAAAUACAAUCCUUUCGACACCUUUCUCACCAGUGACGAGUACAAGUUUCGUCGGAGACCGCGAGCGCUGGUUACAAACAGCGAUCUCAGGGACGAGCGGCUGUUUGAUGAUCUCAGAGGGAAUCUGGUGGUAAACUAUGACAUCCCAGACGAUCUAGCGACGUAUUACUACCGUGCUGCAAGAGUUCAUAACCACUGUUCCUCCAAAGCAGUUGUUAAUCUUGUGUUCAAGGAGGAACUGCAAAAGCUGAUGCGUUACGAGGAGCUGCUGCGGCUGGAGAUCUUACCUAGCCGUCUUAUCAAGCUUCACAUCUACUGGGAUGAUCCACCCUUGGAAAAAGGCUCACUUACACAGCUUCAAGUCGCGGCUGGACGAGUGAGCAUGGAUGAGUAUCGCAGGUUUGACGAAACAAGAGGGGAAGAAAGACGUAGGGAGAAGGCUCAGCGGAUGGAGGGAAGGGUCUCCUUGAAGGUGCCAUGGUUUCACAUCGAGGAUCUAAUCGAGGCACGAAUCGAGCCCCCAAAGCGAGGAAGCAAGAAAAGAAAGACAGUGGACGCUACUAUCGAGCCCCCAAAGCGUCCUCGUUUGUUGCAGAGAUUCUUGGCAUGGUUUGGAUUGUAAAAGAAG